AGUGGUUUUAGUGUGAGAAACAAAAGCACUGUGACACAAAAUGACCUGAGAAAUCACUGCUGACAGAGGCCAGGAGCGGUGCCGGGCAAGAGGACACGCAGGUGAUGCCUCGCUAAAGAAAAAACGAUGCUAUUGUGUGGAGGGUGACGGACUCUGCCACUUGGGUCUGGGGGACAUCACACUUAACAAGUGGAUUAUAAAACAAUACCUGGUCAGAGACGGGUCCUGUGCAAAGCAACGGCCCGUCAUGUGAUCACCAUCCCAUCUCUCAAGGAUUUUCCAUCACCCACAGAUCACAGCAUGCAUUUGAGGACAGCCUACAGCCCUUAUUUUUUCACAAUGAAGGUGGCAACCCUUAGUACCACCAGCCUUGUAUGAGGGUGUUGGGUUUCUAGUGAAUAAUACAACAAAAGAGGUGUGUUGUCCUCUUUUCUGCUGUCAGCCUCCCCUUCCAGGCACUCAGCCGUGACUCCACUGUGAUGGACUGGCCUCUUAUGAGAUGGGUGUCAGCCCAGGGCUGCUGCUCCUACAGCACCCUGAAGGCCUGGCUGCCUGUCCUGUCCUGGCUGCCCAGGUACAAGCUGCAGUGGCUUCAGAUGGACCUGCUCGCAGGUCUCACCGUCGGGCUGACAACCGUACCACAGGUGCUGGCUUAUGCUGAAAUAGCUGGCCUUCCGGUGCAGUAUGGGCUCUACUCAGCUUUCAUGGGGGGGUUUAUCUACACUCUCCUGGGGACCUCUAAGGAUGUGACUCUGGGUCCCACAGCCAUCAUGUCCCUCCUGUGUUUCUCCGUGGUGGGGGGGCAGCCACACCGAGCCGUGCUGCUCAGCCUCCUCUGUGGACUUAUCCAGGCUGCGAUGGCACUGCUGAGGCUAGGGUUCCUCUUGGACUUCAUCUCCUUCCCUGUAAUAAAAGGCUUUACUUGUGCUGCUGCAAUAACAAUCGGCUUCGGCCAGGUCAAGAAUAUUCUGGGUCUCAAGGAUGUUCCUCAGGCAUUCUACCUGGAGGUUUACUACACCUUCUACAAGAUCCCCGAGGCCAGGAUAGGCGACGUGAUCCUGGGUCUGCUUUGCCUCGCGCUGCUUGUCAUGCUGGUGUUAAUGAAGCAGAGUCUGGGCUCCGACUAUGCUCCCGUCUACAUCAGAGCUGCCAGGAGUUUAGUGUGGGCUCUUUCUACCAUGCGCAACGCUCUGGUGGUCAUAGCUGCAUCUUUGGUGGCUUAUUCUUGGAAUGCUUAUGAUCAUCCAGUGUUUACAGUCACUGGGCAAACUACCCAGGGGCUCCCUCCGUUCAGGCCCCCACCCACCUCAGACACCACAGUCAAUGGCACCAUUGUCUCCUUUGGAGAGAUUGUAGAGGGCUUUGGAGGAGGCAUUGCUCUAAUUCCACUCAUGGGGCUUUUGGAGAGCAUUGCAAUUGCAAAAGCUUUUGGAAGUCAGAACAACUACAGGAUCGAUGCCAACCAGGAGCUGCUGGCGAUUGGUGUGACCAACAUCAUGGGCUCUUUUGUGUCAGCCUACCCAGUUACUGGCAGCUUUGGAAGAACAGCAGUGAACUCACAGACCGGGGUUUGCACUCCAGCUGGAGGGAUCGUCACCAGUGUGAUAGUAUUGCUUUCCUUGGCGUUCCUCAUGCCAGCCUUCUACUACAUUCCCAAAGCUUCUCUGGCUGCUGUUAUCAUCUGUGCGGUAGCUCCUAUGGUGGAUUACCAUGUCGUGGCUAAGAUGUGGAGGAUAUGCAAGCUGGACCUGCUGCCAUUUGUCGUGACAUUCCUGAUGAGUUUCUGGCAGGUGCAGUACGGCAUCAUAGGGGGUGUGGCUGUAUCUGGAGCCCUGUUGUUGUACAACAUGGCCAGACCCCAGAUAAAGGUGUCUGAUCAUGGCGUAUUGGUGAUGGAGUUGAGCAGUGGAAUCAGCUUUCCUGCCACAGAAUAUCUCAGCCACAUCAUACACACUCGGGCUCUGCAGGUGUCUCCUCCACGGUCGGUGGUCCUGGACUGCCAUCAUGUCAGCAUCAUAGAUUACACUGUGAUCAACGAGCUCAGGGACCUGCUGAGGCAGUUCAAACUACGAAAUGUGCAGCUCGUUUUUUCCAGGUUGCAGCCAUCCGUUAUGGAGGUUCUCCAGGCCUCUGAUCUGCAGGGCCUCAGAUAUACAGACAGUGUUGAGGCAGUGCUGCAGAUGGAGUCAGAGAACCUCCUCGACCACUGACACAGAAACUGUCAAUCACAGUCUGGAGAGAAGAGGAGUUAAUGCUGGACGAACAAUGUAGCUGCGACACUGAUCAGAUGUUUCUGACCUGGGAUUUUGGGCUCUUAGGGCCGGACACUAAAACGUGUUGCCUCCAACAACUGAUCAUUUGGCAGUCACGUGUAUAGAGGCUAUCAGUGGCCGAGUGAUGUCUUUUUUUUUUUUUCUCACUGAAAAAUCGUGUUGCACUGGGCAUUGUAUAGGAAAUGACAGCAGCCUUCAGGAACACUACAUUACAGUUUCACAAAAGACAUCUGAUACUGUUUCCUAACAUUUUAUAUUCUUUUGAUGGACAUUUUGUUUGAGUGAGAAUAUGUAUAUUUACUUACUACACCUUAUGGUGACGGGAGAGCUGCCAGAGACCAAGUCUGAACUUGAAGAACUACAUGUGUGUAAAUAAUGAACAGACCAAAGCUAACAGAUGCCACCUAUUAUUGUUAUUAAGUCAUCUUAUUCAUCUAUGUAAAAGAAAUGAAAUGCUUCUCUUAUUUUUUUGUUGGUAAAAUAUUACCAAGGCAGUGGCAAAAUGAUUUUAAUGUCCUCACUGCAGUGGUGCUGAUUGAAUUAACCCAAAUCACAACUUCUACAGUACACAUGGAUACUUAGUCAAUAUAAUGUUUACAUUUUCAUAGAAUAGUACUAAAUUUAAAAUGUCACACCCUGUGAUGAUACAUGACAUUAAGGUACCAGCAUGAGAAACUAUGUUCAUCUUAAAUGCACUUUUAAAAACAUAAAUUGUAGAUGUGCCAAAUGGCUGGUCAUUCUGGUCAAAGUUGAUGUUGGCGAACAGCACAGUGUGAAUCAUUUAUCACGGACUGUAUAUCAGCUUAAUUCAACAGGACAAACUGACUCAACAACAACUUUGUAACUUGUAAUAAAACAUUAAUCAU